AUUCUCCAUCCUUCAUCCUUCAUUAUUCAUGAGAACCUUUUAUUGUCUUACAUUUUACAUCUUACAUCUUACACAUUACACAUUACACCUUUCUGGUGUCUCUCCCUCCUCAGCAUAAACCAUCACCUCUGGAGAACUUGUCCGAUCAUUAAAACUAUUUCCCAUCUGACCUCUGGUUAACAUAGGGGUGAAAUCAUGGCGUCAGAACCUGAAGCAAUGGCCGAGGUUGUAAGUGGAGGAGCGGACACUGUAGCGGAUGCUGCAGUAAAUGUUGUCAUUCCUACCAGAUUCUCUUGGUUGCAACCCCAUGUUAUCUUCGUGGUUAUUCUCGUUGGUGAGGAUGAGGUCCCCUUUGGCAUCCAGAAGGACUUCCUCUGCGCCAAGUCCUCUCACUAUCGUAUCCAGUUUGCCAACAAACAGGGGGACGACGCUGGGCUUGAGCAUAUUGUCAAACUUCCCCAAGCUACUCCUGAAGUAUUUGGCUUCGUCCAGAACUUCUUAUACACUGGAAGCCUCUUUCCCGACGCCGAUUCUCUCCCUGGAUAUGAAAUUCUGAUUGCCUCUUGGAAGCUGGGAAAUGAGCUAGGUAUUGAAGGUCUCUGCGACGAGACCCUCGAAGCUAUGGCUGAAUGCAGACGUGUCACACAGCACAUUCCCGCCACGCCUCUCCUUGUACAGGCGUGGAAAGACGCUCCUGAGGGCUCCUCUAUCCGCACACUCCUUCUGAACUGGGCUGCCGAGUACAUAAGAUCCUCAGAAUCCAGACAAGAAUUCACGAAGUCUUUGCCUCAAGAGGUACUUAGCGAGCUCGUAAUCGCAAUGAGCCAUCUGAACUCUUCGCCCAUCAUACAGGUCAAUCCUGUCCUGUCCCCUGCCAGCCAGGCUCAGAGGAAGAAUGUCCACUAUCUAGACCCAGAAGAUAGUGAAGACGAUGUAUACACCAAGCCACAGAAACAUCGUCACUCGGAUGUGGCCUCGAACAAGCUAACGUCUGGUGAAAGAAAGUUCGGGUCUAAGAAACCCGCCUCGAGAGCAUCACUUCCUACGCCGAAGCCCGUCAAGUUCAAGCGAUCCAGCUUAAACGCCGAUCUUUCCCAAUACUCCACGGAAGAUAAGCUAUGGUUCUGCGAGCGACUCUUGGGUAAGAUGCUAUCUGGACCUGGCUUCUGGACUCGCUUGGUUGGUCCUUUCCGCGAACCCGUUCGCCCUGUCGAAGAUGGCGUGCCCGACUACCUAACAAAGAUCAAGAUGCCCAUGGAUCUUAGCACGAUCAAAAGUAAGAUGGACCGCAAAGAAUACCACGACGAGCAGCAGUUCUCGGCCGACAUCCGCCAGAUCUUCACUAACUGCUACGCAUACCACGAACGAGGCUCCCCGAUGUGGACCAACUGUGAGAAGUUUGAGAAGACGUUCGAGGAGAAGUUUGCAGAUAUGCCCAAGGAGAUUGCGAAAAUGCUGGGUGAUAAAGCUUCUUAGUGCAUCCACCACUUGAUGAGCAGUUUGUUUUUUUUCGUUACGCGGUGGUUUAGCUAUUGCUUAGAUACACUCGUACGAUUUGACCGUUACGCAUGGACAGACCAGUUUACUUGGAUGAACAGGGUUGGAGUCUGCGGAGAGGUUAUAUUAUUAUAGGAUAGUUAGCACCUAUCUGUGCAACCAGGCGUGAGAUGAAACACCCUGAGUCCUGGAUCGCUUAGUCGAUCUCUUAAUGGCCUGUUAUAGAGGCAUUGCGACGCAUGUGUAUUUGUAAGCUAGAUGCAGGCCUUAGCACUAGCACUUUUGUCUU